GGAAUACAGAAUGAAAACAAUUAAACACGGAAAUUGUAUGAAAUAAAUUAGGUUUUUACUUUUUUUUCUUCUUCUUUAUCUUAUUCCGCACUCGUAUAAAAAUACGAUACACAGUAAAUACUAGUAAACAUAGAGAAAAUUAUGACAUGGUAGGAGGUGAAAACGAAAUAUUAAUUCAUUAAAUCUAUUCUGCAAUUCAUUGAAUAAAUUAAUUAUAAAGACAGGAUAUGGCUGUCCAAGAGAGACAUACAUCAAAACGAUGUCCGUCGUCAACGCUUUCAGUUGCAUCAGAUGAAGACUUGGAAUCUGUUUGCCAGCCUUGUGAUAAAGAAGGACUAAGGCUCCCGGCCUAUGGCUACUGCGCAGAUUGCAAGGAAAAUCUUUGUAAGGAAUGCUUCACAUUUCACAGAAAAAAUAAACUUUGUAGACAUCAUACCCUUUUAGAUGCAAAAGGUAUGUCUACACCAGUGCAACAUCCCUUAACAUCAACCAAAGCAUGCCGGUCCGAUGACUUGAUCACGCCCUGUUUUAAACACUCUAACGAAAUUAUCAAGUUUUAUUGCAAGAGCCAUAAACAGUUGCUGUGCAAUAUUUGCGUUUCACUUCAACACACAACUGAUUCGUGCAAAGUCUACUACAUUCCUGACAUUUCUAAACAGUUCGCCAACAGUAAAGAAUACUACAAUAGGUUAAAAGAAUUGGAUGAUAUAAUCGAAAAAUAUAAAAAGAUGAUCAUAGAAUUUAAGGAAAAGACCGCAAGAUCAAACAAUUCACUGACUGAAGUAUUGACAAACAUCAAGAAAUUUCGAGAAGAUGUCAAUCAAAGGCUAGAUGAGAUGGAGAGACAAGCUGAAGAUGACGUCAAGAUAAUUCAAAAAGAGAAUGAGAAUUAUCUGAAAACAUUGGACGCGACAUAUGCUGAUUUACUCAAAUCUAUCACUUUAUCCUCUAACUCGAUCCAGGAACUUAGCUUGUCAGGUCAGGACAACAAAUUAUUCGUGGAAAUGAAACUUGCAGAGGAUAUGAAAGCAGAAGCUGAAAACAAUAUUCAUCAACUACAAUCUUGGGUAGUGAACGAGUACGAUUUCAAACCAAAUGAAGAAUUAAUUAAAUGUAUUGAAAACGAGAAGUCAGUAGGUAUAUGUACAUCACUGCCGAAAAUAUCAAGUAAAGUAAGUCUUGGUCAAGAUAUUCAAAAGGAACCAAGACGAUUUUCAUAUCAGGGACAGGUGUGUGUAAAGAGUUCACGGGAUGAAGACGGGUGCCAGAUAUCUGGGAUUACACUACUUGCUCCAGAUAUUAUUAUCGUUACUGACCAGGUGAAUGGGACUUUAAAAAUGAUUGACUUCAACCGUCUUUUAGUCAAUGAUCAGUUACCUCUAGAAAGCAGUCCACGAGAUGUGACCAAUGUUACAAGUACUAGAAUUGCUGUCACACUUCCUGAACAACAAAAAGUUCAGUUUAUCUCAACAUUGUCUAACACCCUUACAAAGCAUCACGCUAUUGCAGUUGAUGGAGACUGUCACGGUAUAAGUUGUUACCAAGGUAAACUUGUUGUGUUAUUCUACAAUCCUGCAAAACUUCAGAUCCUUGACAUGGAUGGCAAGGUCCUCACAAAAAUCAUAAAUAUUUUUAGAAGUCCACUAUAUGUCGCUACAAGCAGUAGUUCUAUCUUCGUAUCUGACUGGGGAACGAAAUCAGUUACAAGAUUAAGUUGGAAGGGUGAGGUGAUUGGUAGCUAUGGCGGUAUGGGUUUUCCAAGUGGAUUAGCACUAUCAGAUGAUGGCACAAUCUUCGUGUGCGACAAUAUGAAAAAUGUUAUAGAAGAGAUAGCGGAAGAUUGUUCAGCAGGGACAGUUAUAGUAAAAGAGAUUAAAAGUCCCUAUGUAGUAUGUUGGUGUGCUGAAAGAAAAGAACUGUACUACUAUUGUUUCACCAUGAAUGACAAAGAUGACAAUUUUCUCCAAAUCUACAAGCAAGCACAAUUGUGAGUCGACUCGUAAAUGUAAGAAAUGAAUUCGCGAAAGUAUGUAUUUUUCACGUAAAGACGAAAAAAAAAAUUCACAGAAAUCAUUCAAUAAAUCAUUACCUCAGUUUGAAUAAUUUCUUGUUCAUUGACUGUGCAGAAAAGAACUCAUUUCAUUACUAUUAUAUGUUUGCUACUUAUUGAGUGAUUCAAUAUUUGAAAGCUGUGAAAUGCUUAUUUUUACAUCCCAUUUCAAAGGAGUUAAUUUUACAAAUAAUAAAGUUAAAAAAAAUUAUUCUUGUUUCGUGUUACAUAAGAUUAGUUUAAGUGUGCAAAUGAAUUGCUUAUAUUUCAAACUUUUACUCUAUUUAACCAUCAACUGGUUGAAGAUUUGUGUUAAGAAUUUGUCCUACUUUUGUCUUGGAACAGGCUAUUUUACAUCCAAGUGGUUGUGCUACCAAAGAUAUAUAAGUGCCUUGAAAGACUACACGGAUAUGUAGGAUCUAAAGUGUGGCAAAGGCUUAUCACUUUCUGUUCCAACAUGUUCAUGCAAGUAAACAAAAACAUCAUCUGUGAAUAAUGGUGGCAUAUUAAAUCAGCAAAUUUUAAGUGAAUGGAGAAUAUGGUAAUUUUGUGAUAUGUAAAUAAUACUAAUAAGCCUUUGUUAAACAAAUACAUUGUACAUGUAUGUUAUAAAUGAUAAAGCCUUCAGAUAAAAUUCAUAUUGUUUUUACAUCCAUCUAUAUCUUGAAAACUGUAUAAAAUGUAAAUAAAAGAAUAAAACAAGUA